GUUCCCUCGGUGUGGUUCCCUCGGUACAGUUCCCUCAGUACAGUUCCCUCAGUACAGUUCCCUCAGUACAGUUCCCUCGGUACAGUUCCCUCGGUGCGGUUCCCUCGGUGUGGUUCCCUCGGUACAGUUCCCUCGGUACAGUUCCCUCGGUGCGGAUCCCUCGGUACAGUUCCCUCGGUACAGUUCCCUCGGUGCGGAUCCCUCGGUGUGGUUCCCUCGGUACAGUUCCCUCGGUACAGUUCCCUCGGUGCAGUUCCCUCAGUACAGUUCCCUCGGUGCGGUUCCCUCGGUACAGAUCCCUCGGUACAGUUCCCUCGGUACAGUUCCCUCGGUGCAGUUCCCCACGCAGCCCCCCAGCCCAGCAGCAUUUCCUCUCGCUGCAUCUGAGCCCCUUGGAUUUCCCCUCUGGGCCCUGUGAUCCAUUUCCCAUCACUGCCCCAGCUCCGUUGCAUUUCCUGCUGCAUCCCAAUCCAAGUGCAUUUUCCCUUGUGGUCCUGGUGUGUUUUCUAUCUGCCUCAGGCUGGGUGCUAUCACCCCUCUCCCCUCCAUGGUCCGGCAGCGUUUUCCCUUCCCCUUGAGCACCCCAGUCCCGGAACUUUUCCUGUCCCCAUCCCCUCUCAGCCCCUGGGAACUGCCACAUCUGCCCUUGGAACACCCCAGAACCUUUGGGGCGUUUUGGGUCCUGGGCCCAGCCAGGAUUUGGCAUUGCUCAAGGGCCUGCUCUCUCUCCCACGGUUCUGGAGCGAUAACUGAGAUUUUUCCCCUUUUUUCAGGGAUUUUGCCUUUAGUUUCCCUUGCCUCUCAGCUCUGUCUUUUCACCCCAGGUUUACGCAUCCAUGAGUAUUUGUACUUCCAAGUGCUGAGCCCCGGAGACAUCCGCUACAUCUUCACUGCCACCCCAGCCAAGGAUUUCGGUGGCGUGUUUAACACGAGGUACGAGCAGAUCCACCUGGUCCCGGCGGAUCCUCCGGAGGCCUGCGGAGAGCUCAACAAUGGGGUCUUCAUCCAGGACCAGAUCGCCUUGGUGGAGAGGGGGGGCUGCUCGUUCCUGUCCAAGACGCGAGUGAUCCAGGAGCACGGCGGCCGGGCCGUCAUCAUCGCCGACAACGCCUACGACAACGACAGCUUCUACAUCGAGAUGAUCCAGGACAGCUCCCGGCGCACGGCCGACAUCCCCGCGCUCUUCCUGCUGGGCAGGGACGGGUACAUGAUCAGGCGCUCCCUGGAGCAGCACGGGCUCCCCUGGGCCGUCAUCUCCAUUCCUGUCAACGUCACCAGCAUUCCCACCUACGAGAUGAUGCAGCCCCCCUGGACCUUCUGGUAGCAGCCAAAGGCUGUGGCGGAUCGAGGACUUCUGGUGGAUCCCAGGAUCUUGCCCUAAGGACCAGGUUUGAGGAAAGGAUCCCAACAUGCUCCGGACAUCUUUCUGCUGGCACCGGUGUGUGGCCACGGGCAAACACCAAUGCCAGGGGAAACCUCGAGCCUGGCACCAAGCUGUGACUGUGUGGGAGGGAGGUGAGGGCCCAGAGCAGGCCUGCACUUCCCAGGAAACAUUUGACCUUGUGCUGCUGCUUUGGAGGAAUGCAGGACUGGCAGGGAUGGGAGGAGAGCAAUACAGCCUUGGUCUGUACCGGCAGGGCUCACCCGCUGUCUGUAUAUUUUUGUCUGAGCUAAUGAAGUCUUAAAGUUUUAGAGAAA